ACAGAAGCACAUUCUACAAUAUAGUAAUAGUCUCCAUAUCCAAAUUCUUCCAGUCUCUUACUUUUCAGGAUCUUCUCUAGCAUCCGAACACAUCAUCAGACAACUAUUUCUUCAAUCAACCAGCUUCAUAUCAUAACCUAAUCUGCGCUUAACUUUCAGCACUUGAUCAUGGAAUUCAACAAGCAAGCCUUUCUUGAGUUCCAGCACGCCUUGGUGGAAGCUAUUGAAGCUCGAAAGGAUGGCCCUGUCUUACCUUCCCUCGCAGUUCUAAGACAUGCCAUUGGAACAUUUCCUGCUACAUUGCCCUGCGCAGGCCAUGGCCUAGAAGCCACAGCAAGACAUCUUAUCGAGGAUAUUUUGCCUGGUCUCUCUUGCUCGAGUCUCUCUCCCCGCUACUACGGUUUUAUCACUGGAGGCUGUACUCCUGCUGCCCUCUUAGCGGACAACCUUGUAUCUGCUCUGGACCAGAACGUCCAAGUCCACCUACCUCAAGAGACAUUAGCCACGGACAUUGAGAUGAAGGCCAUAAAUAUGCUCAAGGAGCUUAUCAGCCUCGAGGCUUUGUGGAAGGGGACUUUCACAUCGGGGUCAUCUGUGAGUAACCUCAUGGGCAUUGCAUGUGGCAGGGAGUAUGUGCUUUCCAAGCGAGGCUCGGCGAAUCAGGGAGAAAUAGGGCUUUUUGAUGCAUGUAUCCUUGCUGGCAUCAAAGGCUUUCAAUUACUAGUCACGAGGCACCAUCCAUCUAUCAUUAAAGCCGCAAAACUGCUUGGCAUGGGAUGCAAAUCCAUCAAGCAGGUUGGAUUUACGGACAAGCCCUGGGAAAUUGACUUUGAGCUUCUAGAAAAAGAGCUUCAGGCGCCACAGAUCGCUAGCAUCAUAUCAGUUUCCUGCGGAGAAGUCAUGACAGGGCAAUUUGGUACCGAUGGAGACGGAAUGGUGAAAUUGAGGGCACUGUGUGACAAGUAUAACGCCUGGCUACACGUCGAUGCCGCCUUCGGGCUAUUUGCUCGUGCUCUUCCUGCAACCCCGGAGUUCACAUACCUCCGAUGGGCGGCUGCUGGCCUUGAAAUGGCCGAUUCAAUCACAGGUGACGGCCAUAAACUACUGAAUGUGCCGUACGACUGCGGCUUCUUCUUCUCGCGCCAUCCAAAUGUUAUAAAAGCCGUUUUCGAGACCCCCCCGAUUGCCUAUUUCGCUACAGAGUUGGAUUCGACAAUUCCCUCUCCACUUAAUGUCGGUGUUCAAAACUCGAGACGUCUCCGCGCUCUACCAGUCUAUGCUACAUUGAAGGCAUAUGGCCGCUCUGGUCACGAAGAUAUGAUUGCACGGCAGGUUCACGUGGCUCGGACGAUAGCUGCUUUUCUUCUCGAUUCACCUGACUAUGAGCUGCUCCCACUACGGAAAAAUAUGGUGAAGGAACAAAUUUUAGAGCGGGUAUACAUGCUCAUUCUGUUCCGGGCGCGGGAUGAGAGCUUGAAUCGCAAUCUGUUGAGGCUGGUUAAUGCAAAAAAUCAGGCUUAUCUAUCUGGAGGGAUGUGGGAGGACAAGCCGGCGGUGAGGAUGGCUGUAUCGAAUUGGAGAGCGGACGUCGGACGGGAAGAGCGAAUUCUAACAAAGAUGCUAGAAGAAAUUGUAAGCGAUUGGAAGAAAAACCAUAGCGAUGAGUACUUGAGACCUACUUUGAAGUCUGUUUUCGCGAAACCCAGAAUCUAAUUCAGAUUGCGGGUAGGAUCAAGGAAUGCAUCCUAUUGAUGAUAUGUUCAGUUUUCUAGUACUGCCGAGAUGUAAAGCUAUUGACUGCAACGACUUUUCUCACAACAUCGAACAGUCAGGGGGGCUUUUGAUGAUCACCUGUUCAUUCUGCUCGGACAGGUCAUAAUUGGCCGCUUUUUCUUGUAUCACUUGCGCACUCCCGCGCUUGCCGGAUCUCUGUGUGCUGUGCUUUUUUUUGGCCGCUUAAUAGCACCGAGCUGAAACUAGAACGUCUAAAGAGGCAGUGCACAUUUACCGCGGAUAUGGAGCGGGUCCAACUGUUCGCAAGGAAAUAGUCCAGGAAAUCUUCUCAUCUGGAUUAUUGGAGGAUUCCAGUGAUCAGGAGACUGCGUGGCGCAUAUGUCGCCAUCGCAGGCUGAGCAGGGUACUCAGUGCGAUGUAACCUCACUAUAAACUUUUGAGUCAAAGCC